CACGUUCGUUGCUUUCAUUCCGUAACUGCUGUUGACUACAAACAAAUCUUGCUGUACGGCCCGCUAGACAAUUGUUCGAAGGAUCAAAGACGCCGUGUUAAAGUUCGUGCGGCGUUCGGUGGUGCGUGUGUUUCGAUGGCACUGGAGCCAUAGGUUGUGUUUCAUAUCUGUUCUCAAUGUGAUUGAUCAUAUUUAAAAGGUUAAAAGAAAAGCGAAUGAUAGACUAACUCUGGUGCAGUCAUUUUUCAUCGAUCCAAGAUAGUUGAAAAAAUGUCGACGCCUCCUGCAUUGUCGAUAUUGGCAGCUCACGACGAGCUUACGCGGUGUAGCAACGUACUCGUCAAUGGUUCCUGUGAAGGAGAAUUUCUGCAAUUUGUAAUCAAUCAAGAAGAAAUACGCCAAAAAUGGCUGACUUCUGUUCAAGAAUGUCAACGCCUGCAUAAUGCGUUAGAUAAAGCUCAUCAAGAAGCCGCUGAUCUAGAUAGAAAACUUUGCCAUGCAAGGCGUUUAUUAGAUGAUGAGAAAAAGAAAAGGAAAAUUGCAGAAGAUGAACGGCUUGCUUCUGAUCGUCAUAUGAUGUUGAUCAGAGAUAUCUUAUUUAUGAAUGGAGGCAGAGUUAUAAAUGACGAUACAAGAGAGCAGAUACAACAUUUAAUUAAUGGUACCCUUAGUAAAGGACGAAAGUCUAGUGGGAAAGAGCAUACAAAUGGACUAAAUACAAUUGCGGAGCUGGACUCCACAGGCACGUUGCUGAGUGAUUUGAGUCAUUUUUCUAAAUCUGAAGAUGAUCUUGAUGCAAGUAUUAUCCUUCAAGAAAAACAUAAGCGAAAUUGGAAAGACCAUAGGCCCAGUGGCGAACAUAAGCGUCGCCGUAGUAUCAAAAGAACAGCAGAACUCAAUACUUCAGACUGUGUUGUUGCAAAAACAAGAGUUGUUGUGCCAAAAGAUGGUCCAGUAACAGCUACUACAACUAUAGAAGCUGUUCCAACAGAUAACAAAGAAAAUUCACAAUCUCGUAACAGUUCAAAUAAUAAAAAGCUUCGAAGAUCUGAUGGUGGUAGAAAAUCUAGAACCAGUUUAACUGAUGAUUGCCUACCUACUCCUUCUGCUCCACAAGCUGAAAUCAUUUCUACAAAUUCAGAUUCAGAUAAUGUAUUCAAACCUAGCCCAAACAUAAAUGGAUAUACAUUUGGUGCUAAGACAACUAGAGCGCAUGUUUUUAUUAGUAAAAAAGUAAUCAGGCCAGAAGUAUGCUCACCAUGUGGUAAAAGGAUUGGUUUCGGUAAAUGUGUAGUUAAAUGCAGAGAUUGCAGAGCUUUAGCACAUACACAGUGUAGAGAUCUUGUACCUUUACCAUGUGUUCCAACAGGAAAUACUCCAACUUUGCGAGGAGCAACCGGGACAAUAGCAGAUUACACUCCUAUGGUUUCACCCAUGGUGCCGUCACUUGUGGUUCAUUGCAUCAAUGAAGUUGAACUUCGUGGUAUGUCCGAGCAAGGACUAUAUCGUAUUAGUGGAAGUGUUGCUGAUGUAAAAGCUCUCAAGGAAAAGUUUUUAAAAGGUCGUGGGGCACCCAACUUAUCGGAAGUGGAUAUUCCGACUAUUUGUUCAACUCUCAAAGAUUUCUUGAGAUCAUUAAAAGAACCAUUAAUAACUGUAGGACUAUGGUCCGAUUUUGUGAAAGCAGCGGCUAUUAGAGAUCCACAGGAUGCUGAAACAGCCAUGUUUCAAGCAGUUUCAGAACUACCUCAACCCAAUCGUGAUACGCUAGCAUUUCUUAUAUUGCACUUGCAAAGAGUUUCUAGCACUCCUGAGUGCAAGAUGCCAAUUGGUAAUUUGGCUAGAGUAUUUGGGCCAACUUUAGUUGGUUACAGUUGCAGCCAGCCAUCCAAUAACACCAUGCUCUCUGAGACUAAAAACCAAAGUGCAGUCGUAGAAUGUUUGUUACGGAUGUCAUCGGAUUACUGGGCGCAUUUUAUCAAUUCCGAUCAAAAUAAUGAAAUUGGUACUCCUCAAAUUGGAGAUUUACGACGUACCACAUCCGCAGAAUCACUAGCCAAAAGAGGUUUUUUCAAUACUCCAAUCAGUUCUUCAAAAUUAUUCUCGAAAAAGAAUAAAAAAUACUUCGCCACGCCACCAUCGAAGCUGUACUGAGCAAAUAGACUGUUUUAGAAUUUUAUUAUUUAGUCAUUAUGAGUACUUAGAAGUAAAAUAAUUUUGUAGGUAUUUUACAAG